AGAAAAUUAAAUGUUUUCAUUAAACAGACAUUUAACAGCAAGUAUGUACGUGAUAUUCAGCACGCAAUGAUAGGUCAAAAGUUUGUCUUAUAAUGAAACCACCAGCUGUGUGUCUUGACAUUUAACGCUCUACGCCUGAAGAGAUUUUACUUAAAAUAGCAUUUACGUACAACGCGAGCGUAUAUAAAUACUCUUAACUGGACUCAAUUGGCAUAUUCACGAUCAAGCGAAGAGCAAGUUAUCAACGUUUUAAAAUAAGGCUGUUUUACAAUUACUGGACAAUUCUUUAAUUUUAAAGGCUGUGUUUCUUGCAUAGACUUUUAUUGUUCUUAUUAUCGGCGGAUUAGUUAAGUGAAAAGUAACAGAACAGUGAACAGAGUGGCAUGGGACUUAAAAUAGCGGCAACAAUAGAGCAGAGUCUCUGCGUUCCAAAGACUUCAUGUUCAAAGCUUGGACGUUAUUUAUCCCUGACGGCCGUUGUGGCAUUGAUUGUAUCAAUCAUUUAUGGAUCUACUAAAAUAACGGGAAACAGAUCUACAAACAUCGUCUUCCUGCAUCUACUCAGUUUUGCUGCGCAUUUUGGAGCACAAUGCUGGGUAACAUUUGUAGCAGGUUUUGCGAUGUUCUUCAGUCUGCCUAGAAUCAUGUUCGGCCACUUACAGAGUAGAAUGUUCCCACUUUACUUUACAGCAACACUGGUCCUAUCAUGCCUUACUGUGUUAACCUAUAUAGUGCAAUAUCCAUACUCAUCAAUGACGUCAUCAGAAACAAAACAGUUGAUAGGACUGUGCAUAUGUGUGAUAUCAACAUUCGUCAACAGUUUUUACAUAGCACCAAACAUUGUCGAUGCCAUGAUAAGCGUGUUCGAGAUCGAGAAAUCAUCCGGAGUAGCAUACGUGGUGGGGUAUUGUGACAGAACUGAACUCAAAAAAGAUCCAAAAUACUGUGAACAUUAUAGAAGAUUUAGAUUGAAUCACGGAAUAUCAGGGUGUGCUAAUGUUAUAACCCUUAUUUGCAAUAUCAUGUAUUUGUAUCAUUUAGCAAGUAUGAGUGCGAGUCUACAUCUGAAUACUGCCUACUGUGUAUGAGUCUAUUUCAUUAUAUUUUCGUAUGACAGACCAAUACCCGUAAAAAGUAUGCAACAUGUGUACAGGGAUGCCUUAUGCUGCAGUCUUACAUUAUAUCGAUGUUCUUAUUCCUGCAGUGGUCUGUAAGGAGAAUUAUAUCGGUGUUAAUUGAGGUGGCAUAGAGCGUUGUAAUAGAAAGCAAUGAGUUAUCAUUUCAGAACAUUCACAAUGCCAUAUUAUCAUAUCAUUAGAAUCAUUGUGUUUAGAAGUAUAUUUUGUCAGUAUUUUGUUUGUAACAUAUGAAAUGUGUAAAUAUACAAUCGUUAUUAUUUAUUUUAUGAAUAAUUUAAAAGUAUUAUUUCGUUAUCUUGUAUUGAAAUUAGAAUUGAAAUGUAUAACAUGACUGUAUUUGUAA